AUGGCUUUGGGAAAUCAUGCUGAAGUGAGUUUGCAAAAUGAGAAGUCCUCCGGCACCAACUCAAAUUCUCCUGCAGGUAAAAAUCAUUUUCCAGUGGUCAAAGUGAAUUGUGAGGUCAAGGAUGAAGAGAUAGUUGAUAAGCAGGGCAGAGGAAAAGUCUGGAGCUGUUGCCCAGAGAAUUGGAAGUCAUUUAGUUACAGUUGCUGCUUUUUUUCUACUGAUGCAAAAUCUUGGAAUGACAGUCAGGAGAACCGCUCUAGAAUGGAGGCUCACCUGGUGGUGAUCAACAGCAAGGAAGAGCAGGAUUUCAUCACUCAGGAUAUGGACAAAAACGCUGCUUAUUUUGUGGGGCUAUCAGAUCCAGAGGGUCAAGGACACUGGCAAUGGGUUGAUCAGACCCCAUACAACCAAAGUGCCAUAUUUUGGCAUCUAGGUGAACCAAGUCAUAGUGAAGAGUGUUGUGUUAUAGUACAUUCUCGUCCUCUAUCAUUGCAAUGGGGCUGGAAUAUAUACUUUGUAAAGAUCGUCAAUGAUCAGUUUGUGAAAUGA